AUGGAUAUCCUAACCGAUUGUGGACAGCUUGGAUGUCGACCAAGUGGUUUUCCCAUGGAGCAAAAUUUAAAGCUUGAUAAAUGUCUUGAGAGUCACAAGGCCGACGCCUCUCUUUAUAGGCGUCUUAUCAGGAGACUGUUAUAUCUUCAAGCCACACGUCCCGACAUUGCCUAUGCGUUCAAUGUGCUAAACCAAUUUAUCUCCGAUCCCAGAGAUGAGCACAUGAAUGCAACUUUCCGCGUGCUUCGUUACAUAAAGUCUACCCUUGGUCAAGGUAUAUUUAUACCGAAGGAUGGUGGUCUCACGCUUGUUGCUUAUUGUGAUGCCAAUUGGUUGGGUUGUCCUUUCACCAGACGCUCGCGGACGAGUUAUUUGCUGCUUUUGGGUGGUGCUCCGGUAUCCAGGAAAACAAAGAAACAGUCAGUGGUUUCUCGUUCCUCGGCGGAAGUAGAAUAUCGUGCUAUGGCUACUACGGUUAGUGAAGUUCUUUGGAUCCGUACACUGCUCAAGGAUCUUACGGUUGACUUACAGGAUGCUACGCCCCUUCACUGUGAUAAUCUAGCUGCCAAACAUAUUGCAAACAAUCCAGUUUUCCACGAACGAACCAAACACGUGGAAAUGGACUGUUUUUUUUUUGUCCAAGAACGCGUUGAGUCCCAUGAGAUCUUGCCUCUUCAUGUGAACAACAAACAACAGGUCGCCGACCUUUUUUACAAAGCCUUUGGGAACUCAGCCUCUACGUGA